AUGAUGCGGAUGCCUAAAGGCGUUUCUCCUGCGUCUAGUCGAGGUGCUGUAGGGGGACUGUCGUGUUCGCAGAAUAAAGUUUUGUCCGGAGUGAAGACCGAGUUCUUCAGCACCGGGUUACCCAGUCCACCGAUUAACUCGGUACCGGCUGGAUACUUUACCCAAAUAUGCAACACGACAGCGGCCGAACAAAGGGCGAACUGCCUGUAUGCAACCCCCCAUGGACCCGAAGCUAAACCCAUCAGAUCAUCCUCCGGCCGUCUCCCGGCCAAGAGGAAGCUGGACCUAGAAGACCCCCUCUACCUCCCUGACUUCAGGACCCCUAAAGGAAAGGGGAACACGGCCACAGCCAGUCAUCCAAGUCCCAAAACGCCCAAGUCUCCCGGUGAGAGGACGCGCUACGACACCUCGCUUGGUUUGCUGACCAAGAAGUUUGUUGGCCUGCUGAGCGAGUCACCUGACGGCGUGCUGGACCUCAACUGGGCCACCGAGGUCCUCGAGGUGCAGAAGAGACGUAUCUAUGACAUCACCAACGUGCUGGAGGGCGUUCAGCUGAUCCGCAAGAAGUCCAAGAACAACAUCCAGUGGUUGGUGGGCGGUGUGUUCGAGGGCUCGGCCAGCAGCGGGGAGAAGUCACGUGCCCUGCGGCGGGAGCUGGGUGAGCUGGAGAGGGCUGAGAAGGCCUUGGAUGACCUGAUCACGUCCAGUAGUGCCCAGAUCAAGGAGCUGACCGAACACAGAGACAACCAGCGGCUAGGCUACGUUACCUACCAGGACAUCAGGUCGAUAGCCCGUCUGCAGGACCAGACGGUCAUCGCCGUCAAGGCCCCAUCAGAAACCAAGCUGGAGGUCCCAGAGUCCUCAGGGGGCUCCCAACAGAUCUACCUGAAGAGUAAGAACGGCCCCAUCGAGGUGUACCUCUGUCCCGAGGAGGGUCUGGAGGAUGCCAGCCCCGUCAAGAGCACCACCACCCCCAGGAAAGAGUACUCUCAUCACCCCCUGGGUCACACUGCCACCACCUCCCCAGCCAUGGCACCACCACAGUACACCACCAUCAAACAGGAGGUCAAGCAGGAGCCCAUGGAGGCUGAACUUUCCAGACCAACACCGGUGGUCCCCAGCUCCUCCACCAGCAGCAGCACUACCCUCCUGGAUGUAGAAGGUCUCCUGGGCCUUCCCCCCAGCAUGCUCCAGAUGACAGAGGACCAGCUCCCGGGCCCCGGGUUCACCCCUGACCCCAACGCCCCCUUCGUCAGCUUCUCACCGCCCCUCGACCACGACGACUACCUAUGGGGGCUGGAGGACAGCGAGGGCGUGUCCGACUUCUUCGACACCUACGACCUGGGAGACCUGCUGCGAAGCUGA